AUGCUUUCGUUUUUGGUGAAAGUCGCGACGCUUGCUUCGUUAGCUACUCCCUCUCUUGCAGAUGACGCUCCUGUGAAUGACUUGAAGGCAUACAAUAAGGGCUUCCUCGGUCAAUUUCCCACACAGGAAUUCAAGUCCUCGGAUGUAGUAGCCCCUGUCUUCCAAAUCAGUACCUUCAGCCCCAAUCUUGUCGAUGCUUCGGGGUUUCUCUUCUUGACAAUGGAACAUGGCGACAAAUCGGGACCUGCUAUCUUCUCCAGCAAAGAUCUCAGCCUUGUAUAUGCUGAUAUCUCAUACGCCAAAACAUUCGAUGCUCGUGCUCAAGUGAAGAGCGGGGGCAAAUAUCUCACUUUCAUCGAGGGCGGCCGCUGUCAUGCCUUUGAUGCCAACUACCAGAAGAAAUGGACAGUCGAGAUCGAGGACCUGGGGACUACACAGGGCAGUAUCCAUGAGUUCGAGUUCACAGCUCAGGGGGGCACAGCUCUGAUGACCGCUGUCCAGGAUGUCAGAUACAACUUGACUGCUCUUGGGGGUGAAAUGGAUGGUUGGCUGAGCGACUCUAUCUUUCAAGAAGUCGAGCUCGAAACCAACAGGGUUACCAACGUGUGGAGGUCCUUCACGCAUGUCAACCUGACCGACACUAUGGUCAAAUACAGUCCCAAAAAGACGUUCAUGCAUGGUGAUGGCUUCGACUGGUUUCACAUAGACAGCGUGUCGAAGACCUCGAAAGGUCAUUACCUUGUGUCAUCAAGGAGUCUUUCGGCGAUCAUCCUCCUCCAAGCAGAUAGUCUGAACCCACGAUGGGUCCUCGGAGGAAAGCGCAACCAAUUCAAGGACCUCAGUGGUGGCAAUGCAACCAACUUCGCAAAUCAAUAUAACGCAAAGUUUGUCCAGGGCAAUGAGAGUCAAAUCAGUUUCUUCGACAACCAAGUCACCACAAGCGGAUCAUGUAGCGGAGACAAUUGUUCUCGUAGCGUUGUUGUGGAACUCGACUAUGAGGAAAUGACAGUCAGGCUUUUGCAUGAAUUUUACCAUCCUCAGAAGAUCUCCUCGGGCUCAGGGGGCAGCGUCCAGGGCCUUGACAAUGGCAACUUCCUUAUCGGCUGGGGAGCGAACCCAGGGAUCACAGAGCAUACGUCCAAUGGUACAGUUGUCAUGGAUAUUCAGCGAGGAGUUAUCCCACAUGCGACUGACGGUGAUCCCGAUCUUGAUAUGUCUGUGUAUCGCGCGUGGAAGAUGGAAUGGAUUGGCCGACCUCCAUGGGGUCCUUCCAUCGCUUCCGCGCUUCCAGGGAAUGAGGCGACAAACGCUACCAUUUAUGUGUCUUGGAACGGCGAUACUCAGGUUGACCGAUGGGAAGUGUACGCUGGUGAAGAUGACAAGAACGCCACUUCUUCUCCGAGACUCCUCGCAAAUUCAUCUCGAUUUGGCUUUGAAACAGAAAUCCUCUUGGAGGCAUUGCCACUUCCUAGAUCCGCACGGGCUGUCGGUGUAAGUAAAAGUGGUAAAAUCCUCGGCUCAACAGCCACAGUUAAUCUUGCGAGUGGUGAACUUCACGGCAAUAGCAGCAGUAUUUGGAUUGUCAGGGCGAAUACUCCCGAUGGAGAGCCCCGAGAUGAUCCCCACGGCGAAGAGAAGAAGGGGGAUAAAGAAGACUUUGCGUUUCAUACGAGGCCACCAGUCGGCUCAGCUGAGCCUGAGUUGGUGUCUCUUCUAGAUUUAUUAGGCUCAAGAAAUGUCUGUGUCGAUACGUCGGGUGCCCUUUCUCAAUAUACAACGCAAGCUGGUGCACCCAAGACAGAGGAUCAACAACAAGACAAAACUGCAAAGAAAGCUGAACAAGAGAGUCAUGACAAUAAUGUCGAGAAGGAACUGCGACCCUUGGCUCGACGGCUGGAAGAAGCUACAGAGGAAGCCCUCUUUACUGGUGGAAGAGCCGGACGUAGAGCCGUUGAGGAUGCCGGUUUCUCGGAAGAGCUCAAGGAAAGACUGUUGAACAAAAUCGCAGAUGCAAAUUUCAAAUCUGAAAAUGCCAACGCCUUUGCAGAGGCCGGUCUCUCAUCGACAGCAGGCGAGGGAACACGGCACAUCGCCUCCGCGCAGGCGUGGACUGGAGAAGAGAGCACUGCAGACACGGUACUUCGAAUGCUCGAUGAUGCAAAGAAACCUCUUGCCCCAGGCCUAAGGGGCAAUUUCCAACCUCCUCCGGUUGAUAUGCGACUACAGAAGCAACCGAGGCGCUCAGCCGGAGAGAAAGUCGCCAAAGCGAGGGACAAGGUGAACACCUACGUCGGAAUGGGUGGCCAACAAGCCAAAAAUGGUAUGAGUGAAGAUGAAAAAGAGGCUUGGAGAAAAGAGCUCAGGGAGAGGUUUGAGCCCGGAGCCCGAGCGUUACCAAACUCUAUCACGGGUCUUGCAGCACUGGCGAAUGAACGCAUCGAGAACGCCAUUGCGAGAGGACAGUUCAAGAAUAUUCCCCGCGGAAAGGGAAUUGAGCGUGAUGCGCGCGCUGAUAACCCCUUCAUCGACACGACGGAGUAUAUCAUGAACAAAAUGAUCCAAAGACAGGAUAUUGUCCCACCCUGGAUAGAGAAACAACAGGAGGUUGCCAAAGAGCUAGGCAUUUUUAGAGCUCGACUACGGAAUGACUGGCGACGCUUUGCAGCGAGGAUGAUCGCUUCGCGGGGAGGAUCAUUGCAGGAGCAGAUUCGAAGAGCAGAAGAAUACGCUGCAGCAGAAGAGGUGCACAACCCAAUUAUACGGAAGAAAGCUGAUGGACAAGUGGAAGAGAUCAAGGCUACCUCGCCGGUGGUUGGACGGCCAUUUCGAGAUUCAGCGUGGGAACAAACUGAAGCGGCAUAUCUCAAGCUGUCGAUUGAGCGUCUUAACGCCCUGACACGAAGCUAUAACCUGAUGGCGCCGGAUCUAGCAAAGAAGCCGUACUUUUCACUCGAGCGAGAACUCAAAGCGUGCUUUGCUGAAGUUGCGCCUACAGUGGCCCGGGAGAUUCAGGAGCGUGCGACGGGCGGAAAAGCCAGGAGUCUGGGAGGAGGGGGUCAAACGGGCAAACAGACGGGUUUGUUACAGACAUUAACUGGAGGCGGCGAUGUCAAGGUCCAUGUUGAAGCACAGGAGAAAGCAUAUGGGCUAAAGGAGUGGUGGAGAGACGUGUGGAAGAAGAAUUGA